AUGAAAGCUCAGUGGAAGAACAUGCUACAUAUGUGGAUUGCUGUCCUGCAGUUCUGGUUUGGGGUGCUACUCUGCCUUUCUGGAUGGCCCCAGAUUGGGCAGGCUCAAUAUCAAAGCCCCCCAGAAGUGGUGAUACCCUUAAAGGUAGCUGGCACUAAUAGAGACAUGAAAAACCUGGGAUGGCUCUCCUACAGCCUGCACUUUGAGGGCCAGAGACACAUUGUCCACAUGAGGGCCAAGAAGCUGAUGAUUUCCGAACACUUGUCUGUGUUCACUUAUACAGACACGGGUGCUCUCCUUGAAGACUGGCCUUACGUCCAGAAUGACUGCUAUUACCAUGGUUAUAUAGAAGGAAAUGCAAAGUCAGUGGUGGCUAUUAACAACUGCUUUGGGGGCUUUCAAGGAACACUACAAAUCAAUGAUACACAAUAUGAAAUCAAGCCCAAGAGCCCUUCUAACAGCUUUGAACAUCUGGUUUAUAAGACAGAUAGUGAGGAGAACAUACACAAGCCCAUGAGAUGUGCAUUAACAGAAGAAGAAAUAGAACAACAGUUGAAGUUUCAAGAGAGUGAUAAAUUCAUGUUGAGGCAAAGUGACUACGAAGGCUGGUGGACCCACAUGGCCUAUCUUGAAAUUGCAAUGAUUGUUGACAAGCAAAGAUACAAUUAUCGGAACGACAAUAUUUCACAUGUCUUACUAGAUGUGUUUAUCCUUGUCAGUGAAGUAAGUAACACUUUCGCUGCACUAGAUAUCAAUGUUCAGUUACUUGCAGUUGAGGUCUGGACUGAUGAAAAUCCUGUAUCAGGAACUAAUACAACUGCUCUUUUAGACGACUUUUGUGACUGGAAGAUAGCUGUAUUUGACCGUCGUAUGAAAGUUGAUGUUGUAAAUCUCUUAAUACAGCAGUAUUUUGGUAAGUUUCUUGGUAAAGCAUAUGUUGGAGGUAUAUGUUUAAACUGGGCUUGUGGACUUAUUCGGUUUCGUGGCGAGAAUUUGCUUGCCGUUGCACAAACUACUGCACAUGAGAUGGGCCACACUUUGGGCAUGCCACACGAUAAAAGUGACUGUUCCUGUGGACAGGAAGAGUGCAUAAUGGCUCCCGCACAAAAUCCGUCCACAAAAUACAGCAACUGCAGCUAUGCUGCCUGGGUACAUACUUAUAGAGGUAAGAGCUGUUUUCGAAUGCCAGCACAGUCAGAACUCUAUAAAUAUCAUCUCUGUGGGGAUGGUGCCAUUGACGAUGGCGAGGAGUGCGACUGUGGAUCCCUGCAACUGUGUGAAGAAGACCCAUGCUGCCAUGCAAACUGCUCUCUAACAUCGGGGGCUGAAUGUGCUAGCGGGCUCUGUUGCAAAGAUUGUCACUUCAUGCCUUCAACCACACUGUGCAGAGCACAGACAAACGAGUGUGAUCUUCCAGAGUGGUGUAAUGGUACAUCGCCAGAAUGCCCAGAAGAUGUAUAUAUGGUGGAUGGGUCCCCUUGCUUGGACACUGGCUAUUGCUAUGAAAAUAGAUGCAAUGACCGAGAUGAACAGUGUCAGAAGAUUUUUGGUAAAUAUGCCAGGAACGCAAAUGAGACUUGCUACAAACACGUGAACACCAGAGGUGACCGUUCAGGAAACUGUGGUAUCCAGCCCAGUAAAUACCUCCCCUGCAAGGAGGAAAAUAUCCUAUGUGGGAGAGUUCAGUGUGACAAUGUGCUAGAUAUCCCCCUUUUGGGAGAGCAUUAUAAUAUUCACUGGGAUCACUUCAAUGAGUUUAACUGCUGGGGUACUGACUAUCACUGGGGGAUGACUAUACCUGAUCUUGGUGAAAUAAAAGAUGGGACAGAGUGUGGUGAUGGACAUAUGUGCCUCCAAAGGCAAUGUGUCCCCAAACCACUUUGGCAAAAUGUGUGUUCACCAAUAGACUGCAAUAUGCAAGGGGUCUGCAACAAUAAAAAUCACUGCCAUUGCAACUAUGGAUGGAGUCCACCCUUGUGCCAGGUGCCAGGCUUCGGAGGGAGUGUUGACAGUGGCCCAGCUCCUGAGCAACCCCAUGUACCGAGAAGCUAUUAUUACUUAAUACCAAUUUUCCUCUUUCCUUUUUUCAUUGUGCUGAUCGCUUUAUUCAUUGUGUAUUUGAAGAAGAGGAAAGCAAAAUAA